CCAUUCCAUAUGAAGCACCUCACAGUUUUGGCGGGAAGAAAGCUGUAUGUUCCCGCCAUGUCCCUUGGCUCACUGGCCAUUUCUUCAUCCCUCCGAAUUUCACUGCUUCACUGUCCAGUAGCUAUGGCGUCCGAUUCUUCUCCAACUUCAAUACAGGUCCGUCGAAGCCGUCGCCGCUCAUCUACUCCUUCGGAAUUUGCUACACCGCCGCGUCAACGAUCUCGACUGGCCUCGUCGGAAACCUCCCCGACGGCUACGGAGCCGCGCUCGCGCCGGAAAGGUGGUGGACGAAGAGCGUCUGGUAGCCGAGCGACUCCGGUGGCUGCUACACCUACUUCAACGGAUGAUAUUCCGCCGUCGACGGAGCCUGGCGAUGGUGACGACAUGGACGAGGACCAUCCGACCUUUGUGUGGGGGACGAAUAUUAGUGUUGACGAUGUUAAGGGAGCGAUUAUUCGGUUUUUGAGGCAUUUCCGCGAUUGUCAGGCGUCGCAGUCUGAGGGGGAUUUUCAUACCGAGGGAAAAUACGCGGAUGCAAUCAAGCGGGUUCUUGAAAUUGAAGGGGAUUCGCUCGAUGUGGAUGCGCAGGAUGUGUUCAAUUACGAUGCGGAUUUAUAUACGAAGAUGGUGAGGUAUCCUCUCGAGGUUCUCGCAAUUUUUGAUAUUGUUCUGAUGGAAAUGGUGCCCCAAAUCAACCCAUUGUUCGAAAAGCACAUUCAAACUCGGAUUUUCAAUCUCAGAACUUCUACUUCAAUGAGAAAUCUUAACCCAUCUGAUAUUGAGAGGAUGGUGUCACUGAAGGGAAUGAUUAUACGGUGUAGUUCGAUAAUUCCUGAGAUCAGAGAGGCGAUAUUUAGAUGUCUUGUGUGUGGAUACUACACUGACCCUGUAGCUAUUGAGAGAGGGCGAAUAUCUGAGCCCAUUAUAUGCUUGAAGGAAGAGUGCCAAGCAAGGAACUCAAUGACGCUGGUACACAACCGAUGCAGUCUCUCCUUUUCUUCUAUUGUGGGUUCUAAUACAUCAACAAACUCGUGCUCCACCAAGUCCCAUAGCUCCUGCAAUCUGAGCAAGGUCUUCAUCUUGAUGGUCCACCACUCAUAUUUCUCACCAUUAAAGAUCGGUAACAACGGUGCAGAGGAAGAAAAGCCAGCUACUGCCAUUUUUGUUUUGUUCAUACCUAAAGCACUCACCUUUUUGAUUGAAAUGCAGGUGGAAGAGUUGAAGGAACUCUCUAAAAAACCUGAUAUAUAUGACAGACUAACCAGGUCAUUGGCACCUAAUAUUUGGGAGCUUGAUGAUGUAAAGAAGGGCCUUCUUUGCCAGCUCUUUGGUGGGAGUGCUUUGAAAUUGGCAUCAGGUGCAAGCUUUCGUGGAGAUAUUAACAUACUUCUUGUUGGUGAUCCUGGAACCAGCAAGUCUCAGCUUCUCCAAUACAUACAUAAACUGUCUCCCCGUGGCAUUUACACCAGUGGAAGGGGUAGCUCUGCUGUUGGUUUGACUGCUUAUGUCACCAAAGAUCCUGAAACAGGGGAAACAGUGUUGGAGAGCGGAGCCUUGGUUUUGAGUGACAGGGGCAUAUGCUGCAUCGAUGAAUUUGACAAAAUGUCUGAAAAUGCAAGGAGCAUGUUGCAUGAGGUGAUGGAGCAACAAACCGUUUCAAUAGCGAAGGCUGGAAUUAUUGCUUCCCUCAAUGCCAGAACUUCAGUAUUAGCUUGUGCAAAUCCUAGUGGUUCACGUUAUAACCCUCGUCUUUCUGUGAUUGAUAACAUUCACCUUCCUCCUACUUUGUUAUCUAGAUUUGAUUUGAUCUAUUUAAUUCUGGAUAAGGCUGAUGAGCAAACAGAUAGGCGCCUUGCUAAGCAUAUUGUCUCACUACACUUUGACAACCCAGAGGGCAUUGAGCAGGAUUUCUUGGACCUUCAUACCUUGACUUCAUAUGUCAGCUAUGCUAGGAAAAAUAUUCACCCGAAAUUGUCAGAUGAGGCAGCUGAAGAGUUGACUAGAGGCUAUGUUGAACUGAGGAGGAGAGGAAACUUUCCAGGCAGUAGUAAAAAGGUUAUAACAGCUACUCCCCGGCAGAUCGAGAGUUUAAUACGUCUAAGCGAAGCCCUUGCUCGAAUACGUUUCUCCGAAUGGGUUGGAAAGGGUGAUGUCCUUGAGGCUUUCCGCCUUCUUGAAGUCGCAAUGCAACAGUCUGCAACAGAUCAUUCUACAGGAACUAUUGACAUGGAUCUGAUCACCACGGGAGUAUCGGCAAGCGAAAGGAUGCGAAGGGAGACUAUAUUAUCGGCAACUCACAACAUUAUUAUGGAGAAAAUGCAGCUCGGAGGACCCUCCAUGCGCCUGACAGAGUUACUGGAUGAGCUGAAGAAACAGAAUCCUGAUAAUGAAGUCCACCUCAACAAUCUUAGGAAUGCGGUGUCGACGCUUGCAAAUGAAGGAUUUGUAGCAAUCCAUGGUGAUAGCAUAAAGAGAAUAUGAGGGAGCGAGCUUGAAGAACAUGUUUGGCAGUCUCCAAGUCAAAAUGAUGAAGAAGCCAUGGGUAAACAUCCUUACUAACUAGCCAUUUUCUAACAUCUCACUCAAAUGGGUUAUUCUUAUUGUAUAAAAUGUCAUGGUUCUUUUUCUUCCUUCCCUCUGUAACAUUAUUUAGCGGUGGGUUUAAUCACUGUUAAUAUAGUUUUUACUGCACCUAUUAACUUAACUUAGUAACACGUUCACCUAUUCGAGACUGUUGUAUAUGUAUGUAACCCUCCCAUAUAAGCUUAUUUUGUCGAUGGGACUUCCUUUUUCGCC